AUGGAUCUUGAAGGAAGUACAGGUCAAAUUGAGAACAAUCCUAUGGCCAUGAAAAAUCAUUAUAUCUCUGAUUCAUUUCAAAGAGCAUCUAAUAUUAGAGUCCCAUUAGCACCCACUGUUAAAUUCGAAAUAAAUCUAGAAAUUUUUCAAAUACUCCCUAAUUUUCAUGGAUUGCCUUUAGAGGAACCUCAUCAGCACUUAGAAAAAUUUCAUAUGGUUUGUGAUUUAGUUAAUCUCCCUCAAGUUACACUGGAAAUUAUUAAGAUGAAAUUAUUCCCUCAUACACUUAGGGACAAAGCCAGUCAUUUGCUAUCCAUAUUAGAUAGAGAAUUAACUAGCUGGAAAGAUAUAGAAUAGGCCUUUCUUCGAAAAUUUUAUCCCUUAGGAAAAACUCAAAAUAUGAGAAAACAUAUAUGGAGUUUUUCUCAAAGACCAAGAGAAACUUUGCAUGAGACAUGGGAAAAAUUCAAAGAUUUACUUAGAAAGUGUCCUCAUCAUGCUAUACCCAAGUGGCAGCUCAAUAGAAUUUUUUAUGAUGGAUUAUUAGAACAACAUAGAAAUAUGGUUGAUUCUAUAUGUGGAGGAGCUUUUAUGGAGAAAACUCUUGAUGAGAUUUACAAUCUUUAUGAGAAUUUAAGUGAAAAUUCUAGAGAUCAAGCCUCUUUUGAAUUAUAUGACAGGGAUAAGAAGAGAGGAAUUUAUGAAUUGUAUCAUGAUGAUAAUUCUAAACUUAGAAAUGAGGUUAAUUAG